UACAGAGCACAAUGGAUUUGAAACUUACCAUAUGUAUACUUUGUGUUGUCUCCAUCAUCGGACACGCAGAACCUCAACUGGGAAAGGAUUUACACGCCGUGUUUGGCAACCUCGCACUCUCAAAAAGCAAUGUUCUUAGUAUGGUGCAGUCGACAGCUGCAAGGUCAAGAAGAGCUGCUCAGGUUAGCUAUUCCUGUUCAUUUUCAUCUGUGCUUGUCCGUUUGAAAAAAUGCCCAGGGCAGUCAGAACUCAUUGAAAAUAACAGAAACCUGAUGUCUGGCUCCCCGAGCAUAACAGAAAUUGAGGAGUGGAACUCGACUAUUUCAAACAUCUGUAAAGAGUCGGAAUGCACCAUUAAGUGUGUAGUUGAUGCCAUUGGAGAAUGCUACCAGCAAGAUCUUUUCUUUGAAUCCGACCCAACAGCAAAGACGGUCGGGAUGCGUGCGUUAUGUGACCCUAAGUACGAUUAUAUUGACAGUGUUCUGAGUUGUUAUGCCUACUCUAACAUUGACACCUGUUUCUCCUUGUUGAGAACAGCUAUAAACGAAGCAGUUCUGAAAUACAGCCGCAGUCCUAGUUCAUAUACGCUACGUGUUGAUGGUUGUAGGGCCUUCAAUAAUUACAAGUCUUGCAUCAACGUUACAACAAGAAACAACUGCACAUCUGAGAAAGCCUACUUUUUGAAGAACUUUAUCAAAGCAGGUGUUAGUUACGGCAAAUGUGGUGCUCAAACAAACCCCUUCUUCAGUGACUACGCUGGUAAGAUCCAGUGCUCCAACGGGUGGCGGACAACGCCGGGGAAAACCAUAUAUCUGUGGAUCGGUUUUAUUUGCUGUUUAGUUUGGCCAUUUUCUGCAUAAUAGUGUAAACUUCCAAAUGUCAUGAUAACAAUCCAUGUGUCUAGUUUGUCUUCUAAAGAUAAAAUGCCUCUACCCAGCUGUUUUAUUGGAUGUUUUUAUCUAUGACUGCAAUUUGAAGAUACAACAGCUUUCCUUUUUGUUCGAAUGUUAAAAUGUGUUGAAUUUAUAUAAUGCACACAGCGACCAUAUAUAUAUAACAUAUAUAUUUAGCUGGGUUUGUUCCAGUUUUUAAGGUAAAGCAAACAUUUCUAUCUUCUGUAUUGCAAAAACAGACCAGGAUGCAUUGAUAGAUGAAAUCUCAAGCAUAUUUUCAUUUGAAAAAAAAAUAUGUUACAAACCAUCUGGUUCAAAUAGGAAAUGAAUCAUGGUGUAUGCAUGGCAUUGCCAAAAUGUCAAAAGUGUCGUCAGUUAAGACCCUUUAAUUUCUUAUUUUCUUCUAAACCUCGUUUCCGCAAAACAUCCUACACUCGUGUUGGGAUAAACAUAUCUUACACGAGCGGUCAUGAAAAUAACUUAUACGGAUGUUUUUAUAAGUUCUUAAAGAAAAAUACUAAUUAUGAUGUUAACAGAUGUAAGGUUCUUUUUGUUACUGUUAGCACUCAAUUUGAAAGCGUGUAAAAUAGCGUUUAUUCAAUAGCUCUAAUUCACCUAUUUAUCAUUAGGUAAGUGAUCGCGCCGUUUUUAACGUAAGUCGACAGUUGACAAAAUAUUCAAUUCUUUUUAAAUGCGUGUUUAUACUCACAUUUUAGUGUGAUUUUUUAAAUAAUUAAUGACCCUUUCUUUAGAUGGAGAUGUUCCUAGUUCACCAUCAUACGGAUGUCAAAUAUUUCGCCCCCCACUGUAAAGUUAUUAUGGAAAAACGUUUGAAACAGGGUUUCAGAUGUUAAUGGUCCUUAUAAUAGUAUAUCUAAGUACAAAAGUAGUCUUAAAUCGCUAAUUGCUAACAGAAUAGCUAAUCCAGGUAUGCCGUCGCUUUAUUGCAAACGUUUACUUAGGGUUAUCAUUUGGAAGAAAAUUUCAGCAAAUAUAUAUUGUAUGUUUAUUUUUAAUAAUGCUUUUUUUAUUUUCAGUGUAAGUACAAUAAUGCUUUUCAUUAUGGAACUCUAUGAUCACAAAGUUGUAAACCUUUUACUUGCUAAGGCAGACUGUGUGGGAUUUUUAUAGUUUCAAACAAUAACUGCAUCAUAUUUUUGAAAAAAAAAUGCAUGACGUACUCUGAAUUGUAUUCCUUCGUCUACAAAUAGAGUUGGGAUCCCUAAUCAUAGAAGUACUCGGGGUAAACCUAUUAGCUUAUUAUUAUUUGUUUUAUGCUUAAGUUUCUUCAAGUUAAUGUAAACUUUGAUAAGAAUUAUCCUUUACGUUUUUAGUUUAUUCAGAUUGUUGGGAUAAGAGUGAGGCGGUGCACACAAUCUAGUUUUAACACCCAGUAAAUUUACAUUUAACUAACCGUUCCAAGGCAGUAACUAAAAAUCCUUGAUAAACACCCCAUGUUUUAUAUAUUAUAAAUGAAGUGUGUUGUUUGUGGA